GGAAGCUGGUGGGGGAACUGCAAAAGCGCAUUUGCUGUACAUAGACACUGAAGAUAUUUCUGAUGCGGGCUGAUCUGCAGCAGGGAUAGUGUUAACGCCAAAGAAGAGGGCCUGCAAGAACGAUUAACUCGGUGUGCUCCGCUUUGUAGCGUCGUGAUUUCUCAUGCUGUACUGCUGAUCAACAUGCUGAGCGCCGGCGUAGGGACAGCCUGGGCGGCCGCAGAUCUGCGGACCGCAGCAUUGCAAGGGAGAACAGCACGGCCGCCAGAGAUCUCCCACACAGACAGCAGACCUUUUAGGGAGCCCCGCGUGUUGCCUUGGGCCGGGCGAGCGUCAUUGCUUUCAACGCCCCAGUAUGCUAGUCGCUCGCUUAAUUGUACAAAUGGAAGUCUUGGGCCAGUCCGAUGCAGCGGGAUCUGGCGUGUACAGAAUCAGCCAAUUUACAUUGCCACACCGUCCACUCCAUUAAUCAACCACAGGAGCUUCAGAGGUUCAUUCCUGGAGCCAAACAACGGAGCUGAUGAGGCACCUCAGAGGUCAAAGGUAGUCAACAGGGCCUCUCACGGAGAGUCGGAGCUGAGCGUUGCAGAUCAGCCAGCAAUUCUGACACCAGAACCGGUACUGUCAGAGCCAGAGGAAACACCUGGCGAGGAACCAGCGGGUUUCGAAAGGGAGGAGGCCGAAGCCUCUGUCACCAUUGAGGGCUCCCUCAAGGAGCAGAUUUUGGACCUCACCUUUCAGAGCGAGUCUGAGAGCGAUUCGUCGGAGAGUGAGACAGAAGAGCUGCCCAAUUUGGCCACAAGGGACCUUUUUGGGUCAGCUGGGGGCCCAGACGCUCCUCCCGCAGACCAGCCAGUUUUGUCGGCAACUGAUCCGCACCGCCCUUCGUACCACUUCCAACCGGAGUCCGGGUUCAUGAAUGAUCCGAACGGCCCCGUGUUCAUUGACAACAAGUACCACAUCUUCUACCAGUUCAACCCGCUCCGCGCUCUGUGGGACUGGGGCGUCUGCUGGGGCCAUGCUGUGUCCACUGACCUGGUGCACUGGGAGCACCGCCCUGUGGCGCUUACUCCUACACCAAAUUCGUAUGACCAAGACGGCAUCUUCUCCGGGUGCUGUGUCAACGACCAGGGCGUGGCCACGAUCCUGUACACGGGCGUCCAGAUCGCCGGCCCCGAGAGCACCGUCCCCGUCACCUCCGUCUCGCAACUCCUUGGCGCCGCCUUCUCCGAGGUCCAGUGCGUCGCCACGUGUAAAGACGACGGCACGUUCAUCAAGCACGGCCCCGUCAUCAGCGCCCCGCCCGCGGGGCUCGAUCUAGUUGGCUUCCGCGACCCGUACGUGUGGAGGGAAGACGACGAGUGGCUCAUGUUGCUCGGGUCGGGGAUAAAGGAAGUGGGCGGAACGGCGUUGUUGUAUCGGAGCCCGGAUCUGCGGCAGUGGGACUUUGUGCAGCCGCUGAUUGUGGGCGACCACAAGGAGAGCGGGACCAUGUGGGAGUGCCCGCUGCUCUUCAAGCUCGGCAAGUGGCACGUGCUCUGCGUGUCGCCCGACAACCCGGCCAACCCCGUCCUCUUCUGGGUGGGCGGCUUUCUGAACGGGCACUUCAUCCCGGUGGGUCCCCCCAAGCGGCUGGACCUGGGCAACGUGGUGUACGCGCCCAACACGUGCGUGGACGGCAAGCAGCGGCAGCUGCUGUGGGGCUGGGUGCAGGAAGUGCGCGACUCCGAGGCGUGCGUCGCGGCCGGCUACGCGGGCUGCCUCACGCUGCCACGUGUCGUCGCCAUAUCGGAUGACGGGGAGCUGCUGCAGUACCCUGCUGAGGAGCUGUCCCUAUUGCGCGAAGCACAGCUGGUGCGCGAGCGCCGCAUCCCGCUCGGGAAGUACCCCCGCCUGUACGGCGUCCGCACCGGCUGCCUCGAAAUCCAGGCGCGCUUCGCCCGGGGGACAGCCGACGCGGUCGGGAUCGACAUCCGGGAGCUGCGCACCAGCAUGCUACCAGCAGACGAGGCCCCCCGGGUGGAGGACCCGGUUCCUCUGGCCGCCACUCGCGCGCAGCGGAUGCUGCGAACCGACCCCCAUGAGGGGGUGUUGGUGUCGUAUGACUUUAAACGGAAGUGGCUGGAAGUUGCGUGGUGGCAGCCCGGGCCGGACCAGGGCCCCGAGGCGCGGGGCGAGCUGGUUUCGAAAGGAGGCGCGCUGUCGCUGGACGAAGAUGAGCCGUUGGAUCUGAGGGUGUUUCUGGAUCGGAGCGUCGUGGAGGUGUUUGCGAAUAAUCGGGCGUGCUUGACGACGCGGAUGUACCGGGCGGUGAUCGGGGUGGCGCUGAUUGCGAAGGGGGGGGACGCAGAAGUACAGUCGGUGGAUAUGUGGCGGAUGGGGAGCAUGAGACAGGAAGCGGAACCGGAACUAGCGCGCGCGGCUUAAAAUGCAGGCUAGAAGUUGGGAACCUGGUAUGAGCCGGGAAUUGGUACGCAAAGCGCAGGUGAUUCUUGUGGAUUCUCGGCACAUUCGCCGUUCUUGUUUGUAGCAUAGAGGGGUUUGAAGUGCAGAUUGCCGGCAAGAGAGCUGACUGUAGAGCUGACGUAGAAUGAUUAGACACUUUCAAGACUUGCUAAUUGAAAACAGGUGUGUAUAGUUUGGGUCUGUGGAGGAUCGACGAAUGAGUUUAGUCGGGCACGCGGAACUGUGUUGAGACCCUAAGGGAGUGCAAAUGUACAAUUUCUGUUCUUUAGCUAUUUAACAUUGAUUUUAGCAGCGUAGGAUUAAGUGAGGAGGAAUUGGCCCUCCUCGGCCGACUGUUAGCGGACUCAUUGUACCG